AUGUCGAUUGUUCAGACCAACAAAGAGCUUCUCGAGAAGGGCGAACUCCUAACUCCUUUCGAAAAGCAAGUAAUUGAACUAAUAAAGAAGACAUGUGAGUCUUUUGCCCCACAAACUGUAAUUGCUAGAAUAGUUGGUGGAUGGGUAAGAGACAAACUCCUUGGCUCUCAUUCGGAUGAUAUAGAUUUCAGCAUAGAGGGAACUGAUGGUCUCACUUUUGCGAAUAAAAUCAAAAAAGUAGCAUCAAAAGCUGAAUUUCCGGAUUUAGUUGUUAUGGCAAAUCCAGAUCAAUCCGCUCACAUUGGAUCUGCUAAAGUAUACUUAACUCCUGAGUUUUACAUUGAUAUUUGCGGUCUUCGCUGGGAUGAUUAUUCUACUGACUCAAGAAUUCCAGUUAUCACCGUUGGAACACCCCAACAAGAUGCAAUAAGGCGAGAUGUUACAAUUAACUCUAUUUUUCUUAACAUAAAUACAUUCAAAGUCGAAGAUUUUACAAAUGGAAUUCCAGAUCUUGAAAACCGCUUACUUAGGACUCCACAACCUGCUGGUCAGAGCUUCUUAGACGAUCCUCUACGCAUCCUCCGUAUUUUCAGAUUCGGAGCCCGUUAUGAUUUCAAUCUUCAUGAAGAUAUCAUUCCUUCAGCAGCCAGUGCUCGCUCAGAAUACGAAGUAAAGGUCACAGCCGAACGUGCUAACCUCGAAAUUACGAAAGCCCUUGAAGGACCGCUUGCAUACAAGUAUGUCACUUGGAUUGCAGAAGCCGGCAUGUUCCAAUCGGUAUUUGACCCAUCCAAGUCAUUCUCCAUUGAUCCAUUUGAAGCUGCAAAGCGUGUUAAGCUCUCAGAACGCAAUUUAACAGAAGAAAAGUCAACAGUUCUUUUGGCGAGCAUUUUCCAGCCAUUGAUGACCGCUCCAAAGAUAAAAGACACAGUGAGGAAGAACCAGAUGGUCCCUGCUGUAGAGUUCGCUGUGUUGAGAGGAAUGAAAUACCAGGCAGAAGUGGUUUCGGCUUGUGUCAAAAUUUUGAAUGGUGCUGAAAAAGUGAAGUCAUUUUCAGACCUAAACAGAGUUGAUGUCGGACAUUUCGUUAUGGAAGUAGGACCUAUGUGGCCUCUUGUCCAGUAUUUGUUGUUCGAACCGAACUUGAUUAUUUCAUUUAUUAAUAAUUUGAAGCCUUUCAUCGCAAAGGAAAAUCUUGGAGAAGCUUAUUUGAUGAAACCUUUGAUGAGAGGAAACCAACUCGCCCAGGCACUCGGAAUUAAACCUGGCCCUCAAAUGGGAGACUUAAUCAAACAGAUGAUCGAUUGGCAGCUUGAAAACCCUGAUGGAACAGCUGAACAAUACAUUCAACAUAUCAAGAAAUAA